CUGUAAAUGCGACCAUCCCCAUAAUAUUGGCGGUAACUGCAAAUCUAAUCUAGGGUUCCGCCACCGCCCCCGAUAAUAAUGUUCGGAGCUCAGCCUCAGCCUCAGCCGUCCUUCGGCACGCCUUCCUCCACGCCCGCUUUCGGCACGCCCUCCUCCACUCCAGCUUUCGGCACGCCCUCCUCCACUCCAGCUUUCGGCACUCCCUCCUCGACGCCGGCCUUCGGAACGCCUUCAACUCCGGCAUUCGGCUCCUCGCUGUUUUCGACACCAUUUUCGCAGCAAUCUCAACCCCAACAGCAGCAGCAGACCCCAUCGCUGUUUCAGACGCCUCAGCAGCAGCAGCAAAGUCCGUUUGGAUUUUCGACGCCGUUCAAUGCCGCGUCGCAAGCGCAGCCGACAAAUUUUAUGAAUUUACAGCUGACAACUCAGAUGGCUCCUGUUGCACCUCUUCCGUUUUCUCUGGCAGAUCGAGACAUUCAAGGAAUUGUGGAUGCGUAUAAGCAAGAGUCAGGGAACCCUAAAUAUGCCUUCAAGCAUCUGUUGUUCAGUGUGACCGAUCCUCAGUACAGAGUGAAGCCUGCAAAUGUAUCCGAUAUUAUGUGGGCAGAAGCAAUAGCGAAGCUAGAAGGCAUGGAGAGUUCCAAACGGGAGAGCCUGUGGCCCCAACUUGUGCAAGGCUUUAAGGAUCUUUCGCAGCGUCUUAAGCUCCAAGAUGAAGUUAUACUCUCAGAUUCUGAGAGGUUGAAGAUGACUCAAAGCAAUGUGAAGAUGCUUCAGAGACACUUUCAAGUUGACACACUUCCAUCGAUUCAACGGAUGCAGCAAAAGGAGCAAAGCCUCCAAAGGCGUCUUUUGCGGGUUAUGAGAAUAAUAGAAGCAUUGGAAGGCAAAGGAAGCAGACUUCCCCUUAUGAAAGGAGAGGUAGAAUUGGCCGAGAAGCUAGCUGCAAUAACCCGACAGUUAAAAGGAUCUGGGGCAGAGCUUUCCAGACGGGUUCAGAAUCUGCUCACGUUGUCUAGGCUUCAAGCCGACGGUCUAAACGGUGGCCCAUAUUUGCUCGGAGCAGCCAAAAUUCACGAGCAAAGUCUAGCUGACAUGCAAGAGGUCCUACAACGGCAGACAGAAGCCAUUGCUCGGCUUGGCAGUGUGCUGAAGCGUGACAUGCGCGACAUGGAAAUCAUAAUGGCUGAAGAUGCAGAAAUUUCCUAAGCAUAGAAUGACGAUAUCGAUCCUGAGAAAUUUCAGAAUCCAUUUCCAGCCAAGAUUAUGUUGUGACAAUGUCAAUCCUAGAAAUUUCGAAUAUGACCAUUUGUAGAAUCAGAUUCUUCAUUUUGAAAAACUA